AUGACACCAAUAAUCGUGGACUCUCACAUCCACCUAUUCCCAGAAACACACCUAAAAACCCUCGCCUGGCACAGCGCCACCAACCCCCUCGGCACCCAACACAGCAUAAACGAAUACCGUCACGCAACGCAAUCCAACCCCGCCCUCCGAGGCUUCAUCUUCCUCGAAACAGACCGCCUCUCUUCAGUAAGCCCCUCGGCACCAAAUCAUGGCUGGCAACACGCUUUGGACGAAGUCUCCCUCUUAACGCGCAUAGCCCUCGGUACACCCAUUCCAGGCGAGGGCCAUGUUCCAGACGACAAAGACCUCUGUCUGGGGAUUGUGCCGUGGGCGCCUGUUCCCGGCGGACCGGAUGUGCUGAGCGCGUAUAUGCAGCAGGUGCGGGAUCGCACUGGGGAGGCUUGGGGGAAGGUGAGGGGGGUGAGGUACUUAGUGCAGGAUAAGGCUGCAGGGACAAUGCUUGAGAAUGGGUUUGUUGAGGGUUUGAAGUGGUUGGGGAGGGAGGGGCUGGUUUUUGAUCUUGGGGUUGAUGCUAGGUCUGGGGGGUUGGGACAGUUGAGGGAAGCGGUUGAGAUGAUGGGGUUGGUUUAUGAGGGCUUAGAGGGUGGUGAGGGUGUGACGAUUGUUAUUAACCAUUUGUGCAAGCCGAAUCUUCGUUUGGAGGCGGAUGAUCUUCCCUCUCAGUCUGACUUCAUUGAGUGGAAGGACCUUGUGACUAAGAUGGCGUCGGUCAGUCCUAAGACUUAUAUGAAGCUAUCUGGGGGCUUUUCGGAGCUUCUACCGCUCGAGACGGAGCCGGAGCCGGAUUUUGGGGCUAUUGUUGAACGCGUGCAGCCAUGGACUGAUGUUAUACUUGAUGCGUUCGGCGCGAAUCGUGUUAUGUUUGGAUCAGACUGGCCGGUUUGCAAUAUUGGCGGUGGUGGAAAUGAUGUCGCUUGGGGUAGAUGGAGACGUGUGGUGGAGGGGGUUUUGGAACGGAGGGGACUGUCUGAGGAAGAAAGGAAGGGCGUAUGGGGUUCUGUUGCUUUGCAUGCUUAUGGUAUAGAGAUCUAG